AUGUAUACGUGGCAGAGACAUACAGAAAGGAGUAUGAUUGAUUUCGUGAUUGUAGAUGAACGAUUGAGGACGAAAAUUAAAGAUUCCAGGGUGUACCGUGGUACGAAUGUCGGUAGUGACCACUUCCUCGUUAUAGCUAGAAUAGCGAGACUGGCGAUGAAGUGGAGACAUCGGCCACGGAUAAGGGUGCCUAGAAUUGAGAGAGUGAGAGUGGAACGAUUGAGAGAAGAGAAAGCCUGUGAUGAGUAUAGAAAAUUAUUAAAUGAAAGGACUAGAGAGCUACUGGAAGGUGAGGAAUGGAAAAUAGAAGAAUUUUGGAAGGAAUUGAAGGACGCAAUGAUCGCAGUAGCUACACAAGUAUGUGGUGUAAGUAAGAUAAAGAACCCUGGAAGCAAAAGAAAUGAAUGGUGGGAUGAUGAAGUGAAAGAGGUGAUAGAGCAAAAGAAGGAAGCUUGGCUCGAUCUAUUAGCGUCAAAAGCAAAUAGAAGAAUGCUAGAUAGUAUGAAAGAGAAGUACAUUCGUUGCAAAAAGAGAGUAAAAGAGUUAGUUAGCAAGAAGAAAAAGGAAUACAAGGAAAAGAUUGAAAGAAAAUUCUCGCAGAACUUUCGAGCCAACGCUAAAUUAUUCUGGCAUCUUUUUUUUUAUCUGGUUAGAACUGCCAGAGGCAAAGUUGGAGACUCGAAAGUAGGUAUGAUAAGAGACAGAAACGGGAGUGUGAUUGGUGAAAGUAAGGAUGUUUUAAAGCAGUGGAAGGAAUAUUUUGAGAAUCUAUUUGAAAGGGAUAAUUCGAAAGAUGACGAAGGAAACGAGGGUAAUGAAUGUGCUAGUGUGGAAGAAAUAAAGAUAGAUGAAAUUAUGAGUGCUAUUAAGAGUUUGAAAGUAGGUAAAGCAGCGGGAUAUGAUAGGAUAACUACUGAAAUGCUAAUAGGAGGCGGAGGUGUGAUUGCAAGCCUGCUGUACCUACUUUUUAAUAAGUGUUGGCGAUCCGGUUGUGUGCCGGGAGACUGGGCCAAGGCCGUAAUUGUGCCACUUUAUAAAGGAAAAGGAUCACAGCAGGAGUGCAAAAAUUAUCGCGGUAUAAGCCUCCUAAGCGUAGUAGGAAAGUUGUAUGCCAAGAUAUUGAUUGAAAGAGUGAUAGAUGUGACUGAGAAGAAAAUCUGGGAUGUGCAAGCGGGAUUUCGAAAGGGAAUGGGAUGUACGGAUCAAGUCUUUUCGUUAAGGUGCAUUUCAGAGAAAGCCCUAUCAAGACACCAAAGGGUUUUCUGUGCCUUUAUUGACCUCGAAAAGGCUUACGAUAAAGUGAUGAGGGAUGAAUUAUGGUCGGCUCUGUAUGGCCGUGUAUGGGGUGGAUAG